GAGCGUUCUAGUGUCCAUACAACCGGUUGGGAAAAAGAUAAAAUGAAAACUUCUCUGGUUCUCGCUCUCCUGGUGGUCAUCCUCGGGCUCGCCGCCGCUCGGAGGAACACCGUCUUGCAGUUCGAGGCUGACGACCACUCGAGGGAGGUGGUGGGGCAUCCGGGCGUCAGCGUCGAGGGGUCGUAUAGCUGGACCUCCCCCGACGGCAUGAGGUACACCGUGGAAUACGUGGCCGACGAGCUGGGUUACCGCAUCACCAAAUCCAACGCCGUCCCGAUGACCGACGGAGGAGUCAAGGCCGACGGGAACCAAGGCUCUUUCGACUCCCUGGAAGAAUAAGGUCGCGUCCUGGAGCGUCUUCGGGUUUCGGUUCUGAUUGUGGCGUUCCGGGUCUUUGCUGUGUGCGUUUCGGUGUGGAAAGCUUUUUCAAUAGUU